AAAAAACCCCCGCAUCUGGUGUUAAUUUUCGUAUAACUUAAGAUCGAUAAAAAUUUCCGAAGUGAGGCUUUUUUCCAACAGAUAUAAAAGACGUGCAAAAUAAAUAGUUGUCAGUUCAUUCGUAAACUUAUCUGUUGGCAAAAGUUGUUCAUUAUGAAAUUGCUUCUGCUUACUUGCCUUCUGCUGGUCGUGGCUCUAAGCCAAGUUAGUGCUAGUUGCCCGGAAAACUGUCCCGAUACAGAGGAUGUAGUUUGGGCUCUUGGAGGCGGAUGCAAUGUUUUCCGCAAUAAGUGCUAUUUCGACAAGGAGAACUGUCAGAGGGAUUCAGCUUUGACCAUUACGACCAAGGAGGAGUGCCAGAAGUUUUGCGGCAACGCAUGCAUUCAGAUUUACCAGCCUGUAGGUGGUAUUUAUAAGGGUCAGGAGCGAAGCUUUGGCAAUGAGUGCGAAAAGCGUGAACACACCUGCCAGACUGGCGAAACCUUUGUAUAGUCCUCAAAAUGAUGAUCGAAAUCUUAACAAUUCUGGGAAUUAAAUGAAUUACUAAAAUGCUGAUGUAACAAAUAAAAUGUUGUCUAUUUAAUUUAAAA